AUGUCAGGGCUCUUGCGUGUAGGCGAUUCUCUUGCCAGGCUCCGUCACCUGGAGCUGAGCGCUUGCGACCACAUAUCCUCCUACGACACCCUGGUCCCCCUGUUCUCCGAGCACCCACGCCUGCUGUCUUUGCGGGCGACCUUCCACCCCAAGGCCGCCGCGGGAGCGCCCUUCUGCGAGGCCCUCCCCCGCACGCUGGCCGUGCUGGGCUUCGUGCGCUUCGAGCGGCCGGAGGGCGUCACCACCGUGUUCGGGCGGUGCUCCUUGGAGCACCUGUGGCUCGCGGCGACCGGCCGCGACUGGUUCUCGCCCAGGAUGGCCGAGGCGCUGCGUGCCAGCGGCGGCGGGCUGACGACCUUGUCGCUGCCGUCCGAGGUGAGCGAGGAGCUGUGCGCGCACAUCGCGGAGGGCUGCCCGCGGUUGGAGUUCCUCUGCCGCAUGCGCGUGGGCCCCGUGCCCUUCGGCGCCGGCGCCCUCUCCUCGGCCUUCGAGCCGCUGGACGGCAGCCAGGGCACCGUGGCGCGGAGGCGCGGGUCCACCGCGGAGCUCGCCCACAACGGCGCCUUGUGGGCGCCGCGCACCGAGGAUCUACAAGG